GGAUGUUCAAGACUUGACACUCAGCCAUUUUGUUUCCAAUCGUGCGAAUUUAUUUUGUAGAGUAAUUUUCAUUUUCGCAGUUUUUCAUCAUAUCAUUUUAUCAGUUGUUGUUUAAUGUAUGCAGCAGAAGUAGCUACAAUGCUGGCAAAAGGUGAUUUCUUCCUCGAUGACACGGGAAAGGAGGAGAAUUUGACUAGAUUUGGGAAACAAUUGGACGUGAAUUGCCCUCUGGGGACACAGACAAAAGGAUCUCCAAAUUUUUGGGACAGUCUCAAAUUAUUCCUUCAGAAGAUAUACGAAGAGGGACAAACGACGGAUGGCUAUGAAUUGUUGCUCAAGCAGAUCAGCGAUAUCAGCAGAAGUACAGACAAGCACGAUCAAACAUUCUUCAUCAAGGAUGUGCGAAAAGUGGUGGAGAAAGUGGAAAAGCUGGAGAGUUGUGCACUGCAGAGUGAUCUAUUUGAUGCCCUCCUGGAAAUUGUUCUGCGAUACAUCGGCAGUCAGUUUGAGUGUGUACGAUCGAAUGCUGUUAAUGUGCUGCUGGAACUGCAAACAUCGCCGCUCUUCUGCGAGAACAACUUCAUUGAAGUCAUCAAGAAAGUGCUGAAUCCGGACAGUAGUGAAGCAUUUGUACUGCUUCAGAUCAUGUACACGGUAGCCCCAAUAAUCGGAAACAGUAAUACAGACAAGUAUUUGUGGCCGACAUUUCUGUGGAUGACGAAUGAUCCGUCGCAUUCAUGCAUCGUGAAACAGGCUCUCGUGCGGACACUGGGGAUGUUCUGCCGCAUUCUAGGAUCAGAAUGCACCGAAGUUCGAUUGUGGCCCAUUUAUGUGAAAUUGUCCAAAGAUAGCAGCUGGCGUGUUCGACAGCACUGCGCUAGAAUCCUGCCAAUUGUUAGUUUAUUCUCAUCGCCAAAGGAGCGUGAUCAGCGUGUGGCGCCGCUGAUAAAGAGAUUCCUAACUGAUCCGAAUCGCUUUGUAUUCCUCGUGGCGAGCGACAUGUUGGGAAUCUAUUUAGCAACAUUCGCCAAUCCGCGAAUCCUGACGGUGUAUGUGAAUACGAAGAUGGAACUUUCACUGCCCAAUCCGGCCGAUGAGGACUUCAAGGAGUGCCUGCAGAAGGAGUCUGAGCGUGAGAAAUUCGCUAGCUACGAAGAGAUGUUUUCGCAGACGCUCGACAGACACUCAUACAAGGCUUCCAGUGAGUCUUUGCGUCCGGACAGGGGACAGGAGAUUCUCUAUCCGCUGGAUGUUGGUGGGAAGAUUCUCGAGAAGUACUUCAGAUUGUCGAAUUUGCCGGUGAAGCUCCAUCUGGCGGGCAGUGAUGAGGCACACAGGAGGCGAGAACUUGAGGACUACUUCGACAACAUGAGCUAUGAUUGCUGGCUGAUGGAUUUUAAGAAUAUUAUAAGUGAUAGGAUAAAGUUUGAUGAGGGAAAUCUCUCGGAAUUUUUCCCCUAUCACCCGGCUGUGGAUGAGCAGAUCCAUGAGGAGGAUCUCAUGGGUAUUGGCGCAGAGAGGAAGAGUGAGCAGGUCCUCGCUCUCCCAUUGCCCGCUCCGCCGCCGCCCAUGAAGAGUCUGUCGGCGAAUGCGCUGGAGGAGGAGGAGGAUGAUGACAGUGAUGAGGAGUCGAGUACGGAGAUGGAGGAGCUUCUGCAGGAUCUGCAAGAGGAGGCGCCAGAGUUGUGGCGGAAGUUGGCACAUGCUCAUUCGAAGAGGAAGCUGGCACGGAAGGCGGCAGCAAAAUCUUCCCCAUCUGUGGAAGUUGAGAACAUCCCUCCAGCGACAGUAGAGUCAGAGAGUCCAUCUGUGUCUGCUCCAGUCGCUAGCAUAUCACCCAUUCAGCACACGGCGGCACCAGCAUCGACGACUGCAGGUGAAUCGGAAGUGCCAGCGGCCAAUUCCUCCGCGCAGACGGAGAAGAAUGGACAACCUGUGGUCAGAGCGGCAAAUACACAGUGUCACUUGAAGCGCAAUACGCCACACGACCUGCGGGAUAUCAUAAGUCAGGCGAUUGAGGAUAGCUCGAAGAGGAAGGUGAAGCUACAAGUGGAUAUGUGGAAGAAGGAGGCGAAGGAGAAGGGACAUCUGCCGCCACCGCCGCAAACUGCUUCCAUUGAGAAUGCUUCUGUGGAACGAAACUACUUUCUCGCGCCGUCGUCGAGGGAGAUGAGAGCGACUUUUGCUGAGAUUGUCUCCAGGGGCAUCGAUAUGGAUGACGGGUCGGCGGACAGGAAUGAGAACAUUGUGUCGGAUUUCAAUGAUAAUCCCUCGAGUGGCGAGAGCUGCGUUGUGCUGGACUCAACUGAGGAGUCCGUGAUGUUUAGGAAGACUAUGUUCAAAACUUGCGAUCGUGCGAAGAGACAGUACAGAGAGCACCACGAUGCGAGGAAGGCUCUCCUCACGCGAUCCAGGGCAGUGACAUCGUCGGAUUCCAAUGAGAAUUGGUGCUGUGAUCAGAUGUUGGCGUACGAGAAGAAUGGCAAUGGUGAGAAGCAGCAGUGUGAGGAGGAGGACGACGAGGCGAAGGAGUUCAAUUCGCACAACUUCUGGUAUAUUGCGCCUGAAAGUGUGUCCAUUGCUGAGAUUUCCAUGUGCUGUGAAAAGUCUGAAUCGUCCGAAGUGCCUACAAUGUCUCCGGUGCUCGAUGACGCCUCGAUGGCGUCUCUGCCCAUGCGCAAUCUGUCCGAGAGCUCUGAUGAUUCCUUCUGCAAGGAUUCCGUCUAUAGGGACCUCGAGAAGACACGAUCUCACAUUAGUGAUGGCAAUAUUGAUGCUGGUUUGCUGAAACAAGACGUUCUUCCGCCCGAUCUGCUCCAGAGUUUCAUCACAAAGGCCAAUGCCGAUAAGACUGAAGUGUCAGUUGCCUGUGCCUAUUCAUUUCCGGCUGUGGCCCUCACUUUGGGCAGACAAAAUUGGCAUUUACUCCUUCGCACGCUGCAAAAACUGUGUGCCAAUCAUGCGCUGUGCCACAUCAUGAUCAAUUCCUUCUAUCACAUCGCUUUGAUUGUGGGUCGUGAGAAUGCCACGAAGGAUUUGUUGCCGCUCUAUUUGCGCUUCUUCGACAAUGUCACACGCAUACGUCGCGAGGCGCUCAAGAUUGUGCACAACUUCUUGUCCACUGUGGAUGAGGCGCGUCAUGUGGAUGUGAUUGCGAAGCUGCCCAUUUGUCUGGCGGACUUCCACAAGACCAACGAGACGAAGUAUCACGUGCGUGAGAACUUUAUGAAUGUGGUGCUGUCGCUGAUGAACAUGUACGAUCGCAAGGAUGCGCCUGUGGACUGUGUGAACUACCUCACGGCGUAUGCGCUGGCGAUGCUCGUGGACAAGGUGCACCACGUGCGUGAGCUGGCCCUCGAGGCGCUCGUGGUGCGGGUGCGCACGUGCCAUGAGCGCGACUUUGCCAAUCUGCUGCAGGUUGUGACGGAGGAGUGCGGCGAGAGCAGCCACUGGAGGAACAGGCAGACUUUUGUGCAGCUGGUGCACAGAUGGGUUGAGGAGGACUUUAUAGACAUGAGGGUGUUUGUCAGAGACAUCUUGCCUCGAUUGCUGGUCUUGUCCACUGAUCGUGUGCCCAAUAUUCGUCUGGUUGUCGGGCGAUGUCUCUUCAAGACCGUCGGGAAUCAUCCUCACUUCGCGAAGGCUUCCAUGGAGGACGAGAAGACACGAAUCCAGGAGGUGAUUGAGCGACUGGCCAAUGACACGGAUGUUGACGUGAGGGAGUCGUGUGGCGGCGUCGUGAGGCGCUUCAGUGAGAGCCUUCAGUAUUGUGACGACACGAAGGAGGCGGAGGACAUCGAGGGGGACGUGAACGAGCGCCUGGUGGACGAGAGUCAGCCUGAGGAGUUUAAGACUGCGGAGGAGCCGGAAAUGACGGAGGAGAAGCGUCGCGAUGUGACUGUGGGAAGUGAGAAGGAUGAAUCUGAGGUGGCGUCCGGAGUGCUGCAGGAUGAGGAGGAUUGGUAGUCUUCCGGGAAAUUGCUGUCGCAUGAGAUUUUCUCUGACACGCGAUGUGUUCGAUGUUGAUGGAGGAGGAGAGGCGCGUGCGAAGGAGAUUUUCUUUAUAAUUUCACCGAGAAUUCAUGAGAGAAAAGCACAAAACACAAUUUUAUCAUCUUUUAUUAGUAUAGUUUAAAUCUUUUUUAAAUACAAUAUUGUAAAUUUUGUGAAAUAGAAACAGAGAAAGCACACAUUUGAGAGAGAGAGAAA